CUGCUAAGAGUCCCUGUUCUCCGACGGAGAGGAGGGUGAGCCGCAGCACUCAGUCCUACGGCUCCUUCACCAUCACGCCAUUUACCACCAGCAAGGAGAACCUCCCCGUGCUCAACACACGCAUCAUCUGCCCUGGCUUGCGGGCAGGUCUGGCUGCCUCCAUCGCUGGCAGCUCCAUCAUUAGUAAAAUGCUGCUGGCGAACAUCGACCCCUUCGGAGCCACACCCUUCAUCGACCCCGACCUGGAUUCCCUAGAGGGCUACAUGGAGAAGUGUGUGAUGAACAACUACUUCGGAAUCGGCCUGGAUGCUAAAAUCUCCCUGGAGUUCAACAACAAGCGAGAGGAGCAUCCAGAGAAAUGCAGGAGUCGGACCAAGAACAUGAUGUGGUACGGAGUUUUGGGCACAAAGGAGCUUCUGCAGAGAACGUACAAGAACCUGGAGCAGAAGGUCCAGCUCGAGUGUGACGGACAGUACAUCCCCCUGCCCAGCCUUCAGGGUAUCGCUGUGUUAAACAUUCCCAGCUACGCAGGCGGGACAAACUUCUGGGGUGGCACCAAGGAGGAUGACAUCUUCUGUGCUCCAUCGUUCGAUGAUAAGAUCCUGGAAGUUGUGGCCGUGUUUGGGAGCAUGCAGAUGGCAGUUUCCCGAGUCAUCAAACUGCAACACCACCGCAUCGCACAGUGUCGAACCGUGAAGAUUACUAUCCUGGGCGAUGAAGGUGUUCCCAUCCAGGUGGACGGAGAGGCCUGGAUCCAGCCGCCCGGCGUCAUCAAGAUCCAACACAAGAACCGGGCUCAGAUGCUCACCAGAGACCGGGCGUUUGAGAACACGCUGAAGUCGUGGGAGGACAAGCUGAAGUACGACAAGCCUCCUCUGCGGCCUCACCUGUACCCGCAGCAGUCUGUGGAUCUGGCGACAGAGGAGGAGGCCGCUCUGGUGCAGAUGUGCGCACGAGCUGCAGAGGAGCUCAUUACGAGGAUCUGUGAGGCUGCGAAGACCAACGGGCUUUUAGAGCAGGAGCUGGCUCACGCUGUUAACGCUGCAUCACACGCUAUCAACAAGACUCACCCCAAGUUUCCAGAGAGUCUGGCGAGGAACACGGCUAUAGAGGUGGCCAGCACCGUCAAAGCUCUGUACAACGAGACCGAGUCUCUUCUGCUGGGCAGAGUCUCUCUGCAACUGGACCCACCAGAGGAGGAGCAGCUGUCCGGUGCUCUGCAGAGCGCGGAGCUGGAAAUGGCCAAACUGGGAGAGAUCCCGUGGCUCUACCACAUUCUGCAGCCUAACGACGAGGAGGACCACUCUCUGGGUUACGGCAAGAGGAACAGUCGCAGCAGCAUGUUUCGCAUAGUCCCCAAGUUCAAGAAGGAGAAGGCCGCCAAGAAGACGAGUCCACAGUCAGGUAGGGCCGCGCCCACUCUCCCCCUCAGUGGUCAACAGACUGGACGGAGGGCGGAGUCUGUCCCGUCUGAACGGGAAACGUCAUUCACGCUGCUCGUCAAAGUUUAGCUGCUUUACAUCGAGUUGUUGGUGCUUUUAAUUUGAAAGGAUGGCAGUAAUAGACUUUAAUGACUGUAAAUAAAGAUGGACGACGCGUCUGCAUUUCCUCCCACUAUCCAAAUAUGAAGACAAAGUAUCUCGGGGGUAGGGGCCGGCAUCCUGAGCUGGUAUCCAGGUAACACUCGACCAAUCACCUCCGAGGUGACGUAUCGGUUACAGUCCGUUCUUCAGAGCAUCGGCUGGUGUCCGGACAUUUCUCGUCCCAUCUGUUAACAUGGAGGUGACGGGGUUAAUGAACUACUCUGCAGCCAGCCACCAGGGGGCAGUCCAGAUGAUUUGGCAUCACUUUUUGGGGCUGGCCAUGUCGUCCGUCUUUAUUUACAGAUUGUGGAGGCAAAGAAGACGUUUGGCAGGAAGUGCUGCCAUCCUUCAUUCAUCCAAUGAUAAAACUGACCACUGUGCUUAAACCUCACACACACGCACAC